AUGUCCCUGGCCAAUAAUCCGGCUCUCCAGUUCAAGAUGUACCACACGUACUAUGAAGAGGGCGUCAGCCAUGGAUGUGUCCAGUUUUUGCGCGACAUCGCCACAGCACCGCGCGCACAGCUCUUCGUGAGGCUCCGCGCUAAGCUCGAUAUCGGCGACGUGACCGGCGCGUACCUGAUCCUCCGCGAGUUCGUUUCCGACGACGACGUGGCGAACAUCCAGUCUCGUGCCACUAAGAAGCCCCUGUUUCUCCUCCCCAACUCGAGCAUCCCCGUCCUAGAGUCCCUUCCGCUCUACAAGUCGCUUCGUGACGCUCACGACUUCCUCAUCCGCAACGACGGCUUGAAGCUCCCCGUCCUUGCGCUCUACGACCCACUUUGGCGUCCAGGAGGUAGGUGCCAGCAUCUGUAUCCUCCGCUAAACACACAGCACUCCAACAUUUUUGUCAUCAUCUUUCACCUGUGUUUAUCGUACAACAAAUCCCAGCUCUUCAACAACCCCCUCGUCAUGCGCGCCUUCUACGGCUUCGUGCACGGCCCCCCACCGUUCGGCUUCCCCGGCGACGAAGCCCCUCAGGAAUUCUACCGGCAUGUCAUUGAGCUGCCUCCCGUCCUGAGGGGAUGGGUGUCAAACAAGGUCAACGACGACCGCCGCGGUGUCCUCCAGGACAUCUCCACAGCCUGGCUGGAGGACAACAACCACACCGUCCCCCCCCUCGCUCCAGGCAUUGAUGGUCCCCACCUCCUGGAGUUUGAGGAGCUUCCCGCCAAUCAGCAGACCGUGGUCGAGGCGUACGUUGACGAGCUCGUGGAAAGUGGCAUCACUUUCCAGCACAUAAUCGCCGCGGCCGUUAUCUUUCACGGCACGAUCUACCGCAUUGGGGAGAUUCGCGACAAGAUCAACCAGCGUGAAGGUGAUGGCAGCCUUGCUCGCCACCAACAAACCAGCGCGUUUGUUGGCAAGCUCUACAAAACUUGCCACGGCACUGAGGCUCUCCAUGAGCGUCUCCUCGGCGACGUCCGGUUCAACUUUGCGAAGCACGCGCCCAGCACUCUCACCUGGCAUGCGCUCCACAAGGACGGAACCCACAACGAGGUAGGUCGAGCCCUCCUCGAGCAGGCCGGCAACCGGCGUGGCUGUGUCGUUCCCGGGCAUGACAUCCGCACGUCGGGCUGGGCUUACGACCCCCUGGGACUCGACCCCUCCAACCCCAUCAUGUGCGGGGUGCACUUCACCAAGGCGACCAUGCUAAUGCGCCCUAGGGGACUUGCACUGUCCGCGGACAUCACCAAGGUGCUCCUCUCCACCGAGUGCGACGGUCAAGUCAACACGCUCCUGACCGGCGGCUUUUGCGUGACUAACAUCCUGGUCUGCGACCCAUGUGCUCGUUGGUGGCGCACCCAGAUGCCCAUCAUCGAGGAGGAAGGUCUCCGCGCUCUCGACCGCGGCGAAUUCGUGACCGAGUUCACCACUCGUCACUGUACGCCCGCCGACUGCGCGACGGCUAGCCGCUCCAACUGCUUGGUGCUCGGGUACUACGGGUACGCCAUCCAGGAAGGUCUGCCCUGCUGCCGCACCUGUUUCGAGGAUGGAGACGUUGCCGUCUUCAGCGGCCCUGUCGAGUUCCUUCGCGAUCACCCGCUUGCGUCCUCGCCACCUGCUCCAUGCCGCCGUCCUCCGUCACGCGCAAAGCUCACCGUCUCAUGCGCUCGUUCCGUUAUCAUCAAGUACCUCAACCUCAAGAGGACCAUGUUGCCCAUUGCUAUUGCGGCCAUCCUGCUUGAGGACAUGUAG